UGCAACAAACAAGUUCGGUCAAUCAAAUUAAUAAUAUAAUUGUCAUUUAAAAACGUAAAUUUAUUAUAAAUAGACAGAAAUUGUAUUGCUGACUGCGAAGGCGCUGAGUUUACUAAAUUUGUGAAAUUGGAAAGCGUCAACGACAAAAGAAAAGCGCACCGCACAAAACCGCGCCGCUUUCAUUAGCGUCAUCGUCAUUAUUGUUCAGAAGAGUCUCCACACAAUCCAAGUACAGUUAACAUGGCCAAGGUGCAUAUCACAAACGUAGUGGUGCUGGACAACCCGAGCAGCUUCUUCAAUCCGUUCCAGUUUGAGCUGACGUUUGAGUGCAUUGAGGAGCUGAAGGAAGAUCUUGAAUGGAAAAUGAUUUAUGUGGGCUCGGCUGAGUCCGAGGAGCAUGACCAAGUGCUGGACACUAUUUACGUUGGCCCCGUGCCCGAGGGUCGUCACAUAUUCGUCUUUCAAGCUGAUGCGCCGGAUGUCAGCAAAAUACCUGAACCCGAUGCGGUUGGCGUAACUAUUGUGCUUCUUACCUGCUCCUAUCGAGGCCAAGAAUUUGUGCGCGUGGGCUACUAUGUGAACAAUGACUAUGCCGACCAGGAAAUGCGCGAAAAUCCGCCACCCAAGCCUUUGUUCGACAAACUCACACGCAACAUACUCGCCAGCAAGCCGCGUGUGACGCGCUUCAAGAUCAACUGGGAUGAUGGCAACACCAAUGGCAAUGGUCUGGAGAAUGGACACGAUGCACAAAUGAUGCACGAAGACGGACCGUCCACAUCUUCGGCGGCAAUUCAUCACGAUGCCGCCAUGGAUGAUAAUAGUCUGGCCAUGCCCAUGGAGAACGGUGUCAAGGCGCUCAAUGAGAACUCAAAUUCACUUGCCAUGGAAUGUUGAUGCAGCUAUAGAACAGUCUAACUGUAAAACUCACACACACACGCAGAGACUUGUAAGAUUACCUGCCCACAAACAAAGCUCUUUAAUUAAGUAAUAUAAUUUAAA